AUGAAUGCAGAAAACCAUACAUCAUUAACCUUCUUCAUUAUUAAGGGCAUUUCCGAUGUCCCAAACCUUCAAAUUCCAAUCUUCCUCUUGGUUCUUCUCAUUUAUCUUAUUACUAUUGGUGGUAAUAUGACCAUCCUUUUACUGGUGUGUGUGGAUCAUCAGCUCCAUACUCCCAUGUACUUCUUCUUGUGUAACCUGUCCAUUUUGGAUAUAUCCUCCAGCACAGUCACUCUUCAUAAGAUUCUUAUUAGCUUUUUAUCUGGUGACAAGACGGUUUCUAUACAAUCGUGUUUGACUCAGAUGUUUAUCUUCACGUCUCUUGUGUGCAAUGAAUUGUUGAUACUCACGGCCAUGAGCUAUGAUCGCUACGUGGCUAUCUGUAACCCAUUACAGUAUUCCACAAUCAUGAGUCGCUGUGUUUGUUCUGCGCUGGCUGUUGCCUGUUGGGUGUUAGGCUUUGUAGAAUCUCUACCUCAUAUUAUUUUAAUUUCCAGAUUCACUUGUUAUAAGUCAAAAGAAAUAAAUCACUUCUUUUGUGACAUUGUCCCUCUAGUGAAACUCUCUUGUAAUGAUACUUCCCUCUCUGACUUUUUGAUGUUUAUCUGUGGACUCUUCCUCUCCACCUUCCCAUUUAUUCUUACAUUCAUCCCUUACAUCUUUAUUAUCCAUACCAUCAAGAGUAUUAGUUUUACCACUGGGAAGCAUAAAGCUUUCUACACGUGUUCUUCACACCUCACAGUGGUCAUACUCCUCUAUGUGACACUUGUCUGCCAGUAUCUUAGACCAGCUUCAAUGGACACUUUAGAAUCCAACAAGCUUUUCUCUUUGUUCAACACAGCUGCAGUCCCAAUGCUUAACCCUCUGAUCUACAGCCUGAAAAAUAAAGACGUAAAAUCUGCACUGAAACGUAGGUGGGUACAAAUGACCACGGAACUGCCCAUACACCUUAGGUAA